ACUCAUUACACCCUUAUCACCAAAAGUCAGCGCCUUCUUUUGUCUCUAUUUUUCUCUCUUACAACAAAACAACCAAAAAAGAAAAGAAAAGAAAAGAACUGAUCAAAGAGAAGAAGCUGAGAGAGAGACAAAGGUACAGAUUCUCAGAGCAGAGUUCUGUCUUUUGAUAAUGGAAGUCGAUUGGGAUCUUCAUGCCGUCGUCAGAGGUUACUCCGCCGCGCCCUCUGCCGCCACCAUUGUUCCUUCUUCUUCUUCUUUUUCCAAUAACUCUGUCCCUUUUUCUUUUGGUAGAGACCUAACCAACAAUCAAACCAAAAACCAUUUCUUCUCUCUUCAAGAUCCAUUUCAACCCUCUAAUUGUAAUUCCACUCAAGAAUUGCAUGAGCUUUUCAAACCCUUUUUCCCUAAAUCUCAACCCUCUUCUUCUUCUCCUACGCCGCCUCCUCCUCCUCCACCGCCUGCUGCUCCCCCGCUUCUUUCUUCUCCGGCACCUAAAAUUUUGACUCAUCACAAACAGAGCACCCAUCUCCCUAAACAGCUCCAUUCAACCUCUGUUUCUGCUCCGAGAUCCAAACGCCGGAAGAAUCAGCUGAAGAAGGUUUGUCAAGUUCCGGCGGAGUCUCUAUCUUCGGAUAUUUGGGCUUGGCGAAAAUAUGGACAAAAACCCAUUAAAGGAUCUCCAUAUCCAAGGGGAUAUUAUAGAUGUAGCAGUUCGAAGGGUUGCAUGGCCCGAAAACAAGUGGAGAGGAACAGAUCCGACCCGGGAAUGUUCAUAGUCACUUACACGGCUGAGCACAACCACCCGGCGCCCACUCACCGCAACUCUCUCGCCGGCUCCACCCGUCAGAAACCCGUCACGCCGACCACCACCGCGUCCGGAUCUGAAAAACUCGACCCGAAACAGCCGGUCUGCUCGUCGGAAGAACAGAGUACGAUCACGGAGAGCAAAGAAGAGAAAGAGGAAUUAUUAAUGGCCGAAGAUGAAGAAGACGACGAUCUGGGAGUCUCCGAUUUGAUCGUGAACGACGAUUUCUAUGUGGGUUUUGAAGAACUCGACAGCCCAAUCACCGACGACUGCUUUUCCGAUCAAUUCCCGGCGAACUUUGACCUUCCAUGGUUGUUUAACGGAAAUCCAGACGGCGAAAUUGUAAAACUCCCCUGUUAAAUUAAUUUCCAACUCUUUUUUUUUUUUCUUUAAUCAUUCUCCAAAUAGAGAUCUGUAAAAUCAAAGAAGUUAGAGCAAGCAAAGAUUUUAACAGUGUUUUUAGCAAGAGCAAGCAAGAUAGUAGUAAAUUUCAUCUUGUUUCUCUGUAAUUUUAGAAGAACAGUGAUAUUGAAGUUGAAGAAGAUUCAGUGGGUUUUUGUGAGAUUUUUUUUUAGGGAAAAAAAGAAUGAACAACAAAAGGAGGGGUUGACUAAUUAAAAGAGAAGAAGUGGAAUCAAGCAAUGAAUGAAUGACGUGUAAAUGGCGUUGACAGAGAGAUGGAAAAAUUAGAAGAGAGAUUAAAAGCAGAGGUUGAAGAAAGAAAAAAUGAAAAUGGCUACGGAGGAAGAUGAAGAAUAUUUGCUUCUUUUUCUCAAAAUGCUCGUCCGAGGACAACAAUGGUGGUGGUGGUGGAGAAUCAGAUUUUUUUUCUUUUUUAUUUUGUUUAUAGAUAAAAGAGAGAAAAAAAAAAAGAGGAUUUGGAAUUUUUCAUUGUAGUUGAUGCCAGUUGUGGUCAUAUUGGUAAAGAUAAAUGGUAGACAUUCAAUAUCAACAUUGUUGUGUAUAAUUGAAUCCAAAAUUUUAA